ACAACCACUUCCAACUUCAGCAAACAUGUCUAACAUGUCACUUUCUGACUCGGAUCUCUCGUCGCUAUCAUCAGCGCCACCAUCGGAUGAUGAGUCUGCUCCCAUGGCAGUUGAUGAGCCUGUGGGCAUCACCAAGUACUUCAAGAAGGAAUCAGAAUCUCCGCCGCCGAAACGGGCACCUUCACCACCACAUGAAUAUGUUUUAGCAGAUAACCCGGACAUUGCAUUCAUUGUAAUGUUCCGCGCGCGUUUUCAUGAUGUCUUCCCACGAUCGACGCCACAUUACGGACCACAAGACAUUGAGAGAGGCGUUGCAGACUCGCCUCCCGGGGAGCACAUUGAGAGAUUGCUGUGUGCGUUGCUUGGCCUGGUGUUAAACAGGAAGAAGGACGUGGAUCGACUUCAUUACACACGCCCUCUGGAAGAAGCGAUCCAAACCCAUGUGUCCCAGUGGCCCAAGGCUUGGCAGGGAAAGAACCCUCUUCACGGGGGUCGCACUUUCACAGGAAUGGCCCCAGAAGAACGCUUACGAUUACUGAAAUCGCUGAUCCUCUGGUCCCUUUCCUCCUCCGAAGCGAUUCAAGCAAAGAUCAAAGAGUCAUACAAGCAAGCACGACAUGAAGACGACCUGAACCAACCACUUUCCGUUCAACCAUGGGGUCGCGAUGGCUUGAAGCGUCGAUAUUGGCUUGUCGAAGGCUUAGAUGACACCCACUUUAGGUUGUACCGUGAGAGCAACCCAGCGCUCAAGAAUGUCACUUGGUGGAGCGUGGCAGGAACGAUCCCCGAGUUGAAGGCGGUUGCAGACAAACUAGAUGAGGAGAAAAGCACGCAUUCGAAGAAGCUCAGCGAGAAGAUCAAGAAUUCAGUUCCUCGCUUCGAGGGCUCGGAAGAGAAACGUAAACGCAGAGACUAUCGCAUUGCGCGUAAGGCACAAUUUUCUAGGCCCGAGCCUGGAUUUUCUCUGUAUGAAGGCCGUACCCGUGGUAAGAAACUGAAGUACACAUACUCUGAUGAUGAGGAUAUCUUUUCCGAUGGCUUGCCUUCGACUCGACGAUCCACACGCAACACCUCAGGCAUUUCUUCACCCGCAGAACCUGUGGGUCCCAGGUUUACCGCUAGUGGAAGGCAGAUACGUUCGCGCGCAGGAGGAAUGUAUGGGGAAAGUUUGCUCAGUGGCCAGCGUGAUGAGCCAGCUGAUGCAGAAGACUCGGGGAAGCCUCAGAGGACACGGUCUACCCGAGCAAAUGGAUAUACCGGCUACAACGUGGAUGACGAACUGGAUGAAUCUGAUGAGGGACACUCCAGCGGAAAGGAGUGGCAGGGUGGAGAGGAGGAAGAAGAUAACGAUUUCGAAGGUGACGAUGAAGAAGAGUUGAGUGGUGACGAGUCGAUAGUGAACGGAGAAAACCCGAGCCUGGUUGUGCAGCUCAGAUACGGUAAGGGGAAAGUGCCGAGCAGCCCCAAUGGUCCUAGUGACAUGUUAUCAGGGGGUAGCGUGGGGAAUAAACUGGAAAUAGCGAUUGAACCUGCGCCUCCGGAAUAUAUACCAUCAUCAGACGCAACGAAGCCAACCGUUUCUACGAUAGGGGAGGAUGGACCUCAGGGGCAAAAGACUGACCUCCGAAAUGAGGCAAACGGCCAGCCCGAGGGAGGUGCUGAAGCUGCUCGGGUCACUAUGAGCACCGGGUCACAUCCCUGUCAACCGGCGCCUGCUGCUGGUUCAAACGAGGGGGUUCAAAGCAUUUGA